AUAUAAACAAGAGCACAUAGCGGCACAGAGUUCUCACUCUCACUCUCAAGUUUUGCUCGUAUUUCAUACAAUCGUAUGGGCAUACACGCACAAUCUCAAGUGGCCAUAUGUGUGGCUUGCUACACAACAAGCUCAAUUUUUUUCUCACCCAUUUUGUACUACAAGUUAACGAUCGAAUAAAUUAAAUUGGUUUUAUAAUGUAAUAAUAGCGCUCAGUCGAUUUUCGUAUGGCAAACAGACUGAAAGCAGACGCUCUAUCGGUGCGCGCGUUCUCUAUCACUCGGACAUUGAAUAUAUUUUGUGAUUUUUUUUACUUCGUAUCUUGUGGUUCGAUAUUUUUUUUAAAUUCUUUUUACGUAUUGUUUAUCGCAAUUAUAGAAACAGAGUGAAUUUGGUGAAUAAUCAAGGUCAUUUGAAAUUUAAUGCAGGAAGACGGGGAGACAUUUUUCGAUACGAAAUCAAUGUAGUUAAAAUAACGAAUAAAUUUGAAUAUUAGUUUUGAAGCGCAUUUCUCGUGAGUGCUGUAAAAUUGUUCAGUGUGGGUGGCAGUCAAAACUAAGCUGCAAAUAUAUAACAAAAAAACAAAUACAUACACACAGUGAUUACGCGACAAAUUCUAAAAUUUGUCUAGAAAAUAAACUAUAUAUAAAUAUUUGGUAAUUAAAUAAUAAUAAAAAAAGAACGGCGAAGAGGUGACGACAACAACCAGCCACCAGACAUACAUAGUAAAAAAAGAAAAAAAAACCGCAAACACAAAACUAUGACACAUAUUUAUAUCGAUGUGCCAAUUUCGGCGCCGAGCGCUCCAGCCAUUGAAACCAAUGUGCACGGUGGGUCAAAUGUAAAUGUGGUACCAACAACGCUCAUUGAAAUGACAUUGAGUGCCGAAAAUUUAAUUAACGCUGACGUUCUAUCGAAAAGCGAUCCAUAUUGUGUGAUUCAAAUAAAAGAGGAAUCAUGGCAAGAAAAAUACUGCGAAAUUGGUCGUACGGAAAUCAUAAAAGAUAAUUUGAAUCCAGAAUGGGUGAAAAAAUUCUUAAUCAAUUUUAAUUUCGAGACUGUACAAAAGAUACGGUUCGAGGUAUGGGAUCACGAUACAAACGGAAACGAUUUUCUCGGUGAAUACGAAACAACAUUAGCGGACAUCGUAUCAAAUUCGGGGCGACAAUUUAAAGGCAAAUUAAAUCACAAAAGUGCUCGUAAUGCGGGCCAUAUUAUUAUUGUUACAGAGGAAGUGGCCGCAUGUAAGAAAAAUAUUCAAAUUGAAUUUCAUGCAAAGCAUCUUGAAAAAAAAUCAUGGUUUGUACGAAACGAUCCGUAUCUGGUACUGUAUCGGUCGAACGAAAACGACGGUAGUUCGUCGAUAGUUGCUCGUACCGAAGUCGCGCCAUCCACACAAAAUCCCAAGUGGGAUAAAAUAACGACAAAAGUGCGCACUUUGUGUAACGGCGACUAUGAGCGAAGCAUCAAAAUUGAAUGCUAUGACAAUAGGUCGAACGGGGAUCACAAGCUAAUUGGCACGUGUCAUACAUGUUUGAAUAAAUUGUCGAAAGGCCCUGGCGAUGAUAAUAUCUAUGCAUUACGAAAUCCGAAAAAACAACACAAGAAAGAACAUUCCGGUUUCCUUGAAUUGAUCAGCAUCAGUAUUUCGGAUGAAGUUUCGUUUUUGGACUACAUUCGUGCUGGCACGCAAGUACAUUUUGCGGUUGCCAUUGAUUUUACAGCAUCAAAUAAACCAGCAACCGAUCCACAAUCGUUACACUACCUCAGUCCACAACGCCCAAAUAGCUAUGAAAUUGCAUUAAAAAGUGUGUUUGAUAUUAUUUCACAUUAUGACACAAGUAAUAUGUAUCCGGCAUUUGGUUUUGGCGCAAAAUUGCCUCCAUCAAAUGAAGUAUCACAUCAAUUUCCACUGAACGACAAUGUUGACCAUCCAUACUGUUCGAGCAUCGAAGAAAUCAUGGUUCAUUAUCGUCGACAAUUAAACACCGUACAAUUGUUUGGACCUUGCAAUUUCUCACCCGUCAUAAAUAACACCAUUUCAAUUGCCAAACAAUAUCAAGAUGGAAAGCAUUACUUUGUUUUGCUUAUUAUAACUGAUGGAAUUAUUUCGGACAUAAAGCAUACCAUUAACGCUAUCAUCGACGCAUCAAAAUUGCCAAUUUCAAUCAUUAUAGUGGGAGUUGGUGACGCAGACUUUGGUGCAAUGGAUGAGCUCGAUUCAGACGACUGUCGCCUAUCGAUAAAUGGUCGAACAGCCGAACGCGAUAUUGUGCAAUUUGUGCCGUUGAAUCAAUUUUUAACCGGUCAACAUGUACGAUGUCAAGCUGAUUUAGGAAAAGCUGUUCUGGCCGAAAUUCCCGAUCAAAUCACUGGCUUUAUGAAAUCCAAAGGUUUCAAACCAAAUCUACCAACCGACAAUUCAGACGUUAAAUAAGAGAGAAACAUGAACAAAUUGAUUGACAUAAUAUUAUAUUAAUAAAUUAGAGAGUAGAGCAAAAAUAUACAAUUAUUAAGCGUUAUUGGUCGGGUCAAUCGAAAUAUAUUGAAAGAAUUUAAUCGAUGUGCAUUUAACUAAUGGCCUUUAAUUGUUUCAUACCAAAUAAAAAGUCUAUAUUAUUCUAUAAUAUAUUUUAAUCGAUGGACACACACCCAUACAAUCACACACGUCUAUAUUUACAAAAUGUAGGAAUUAGAGUGGAUUUAAUGAAUACAAAUUAAUAUUGAACGAAUGUCAUUUUGUCGAAUUUCCAUUGUUAUGCAUGCAAAUACAUAUAUUAUAUUUUUUCAUAGCAUAAGAUAUAACUCGAUUUUAAAUCAUUUUAAA